UAAACCUGUAAUGAAAUCAUGGACACUGGAAAAUCUGCUUAAACUGAAUGGUUGGAUUUGAGGUUAGCAGAAAGGCUUAAGUCGUUUUAUGUGCACUCUAAUGAAUUAACAGUCAAACUUGAAAAAUGUUUGCCUCAACACGUUUAUAUUUUUAGUGUAUAAACACAUUAGUAUGUUUAAAUUGCUGGUUCCAGGCAAUGCUGCUGCAAAGCAUAUGCCAGUUAACUAUCCAAAAUGUGGAGCCAAGGAGAGUUUGAAAAUGACGUGACUCUACAAUACAAUUACAAAACUGGGUUCUGCAUAAUCUUUGAAUUUCCUCACUGGGUCAUUACAUGCUACAGCUGUUGUCUCUUAUUUGGUCUGUUUUAUUAAAGUUCAGAAGGAAGUAAUAAAGAACUCUUCCGAAUGGCUCAUUUUAAGAAGGUGUAAAAAUGCUACUCUAGCACUGGUUUGCUUCAUGCUGUUCCACUCUCCCUUUCCUGUUUGGUAUCCUGUUCUGCACAGAGACGUAUCUGUACUACAAUUUUCCUGAUGCAAACAUUCGUGCUCUCUCCAUAGUUCCUUCCUGUAAUAAGAACUAGGCAUUUUAACUUGCUGGAAUAGUUUUGCAUCUAUGCAGUGCCAGCACUUUCUGAGCAUGUGCUCUGUAUUAGAAUUGUUCUAAACUGGUUCCUAAACUGCUUGCGAAUGUUUUUAGCUUACUAAAGAAUAUAUAUUUAAUUCACUCUAUGGAGUCCAUUUCGAAUGCUGAAGAUUGAGUGGCAUGCCUUUUUUGUGAGGCAUUGAUCAAGUGUUAAUAAGUAACGAGCUGCUACAACAAUGUAUAGGUUUCAAAAGACAGAGGAGGCCAGCAUAAAGAUUGAUGAUGGCUGCGCUGAGGACAAUGAACCAGACACUUGCUCCCGUAGAAUUAAGAAAAAAAUUUCUCCGUUUGUCAUGUCAUUUGGAUUCAGAGUAUUUGGUGUUCUGCUCAUCUUUGUGGACAUUACUCUUGUGAUUGUGGACCUAGCUAUUAGUGACAAGAAAAGGAGCAUGAGAGACACCCUUGAAGGCAUUUCCUUGGCAAUAGCACUCUUCUUUCUCGUGGAUGUUCUUUUGCGAGUAUUUGUUGAGGGCUUCAACAAUUAUUUCAGGUCCAAACUGAACAUUUUAGAUGCUGUGAUUGUUGUGGGCACCCUGUUGAUUAAUAUGGUAUAUUCGUUCUCUGACUUCAGUGGUGCGGACAAGAUCCCAAGAAUGGUUAUUGUCCUUCGAGCAUUGAGAAUUAUCAUUCUGAUGAGAAUACUUCGCCUGGCCUCACAAAAGAAACAACUAGAAAAGGUGACCAGGAGAAUGGUCUCGGAAAACAAAAGGCGCUAUACGAAAGAUGGCUUUGACCUGGACCUCACUUAUGUUACUGAGCGUAUUAUUGCAAUGUCAUUUCCAUCAUCUGGGAAGCAGUCUUUCUAUAGGAAUCCUAUAAAGGAAGUUGCAAGAUUCUUGGAUACAAAACAUAAAGAUCAUUAUAAAAUCUAUAACCUUUGCAGUGAAAAAGGUUAUGACCCUGUGUACUUCCAUUACAGGGUAGAGAGAGUCUUCAUUGAUGACCACAAUGUCCCCAGCCUACAGGACAUGCUGAAAUUUACUGCCAAUGUGCGUGAGUGGAUGAAACAGGAUGAAAAGAAUAUCAUAGCAAUUCACUGUAAAGGAGGCAAAGGCAGGACUGGAACAAUGAUUUGUACUUGGCUCAUUGACAGUGACCAGUUUGAGAGUGCAAAGGAGAGCUUGGACUAUUUUGGGGAGAGGAGAACAGAUAAAAGUAUGAGUUCCAAAUUUCAAGGAGUUGAAACACCAUCUCAGAGUCGGUAUGUUGGGUAUUAUGAGAUCCUGAAGAACAAAUAUAACUUGACACUCCCACCAGAGAGAGAACUCAAAAUAAAGAACAUCAAAAUCUACUCUAUUAAUGGAGUUGGAAGAGGCAAUGGAAGUGAUCUUAAAGUACAGAUCAUUGUGAAAAAGAAAGUUGUAUUCCAUUGUGUUUGUGCAACUCAAGAAAACUGUAGGUUAUUUUUUGAUGCUGAAAAUGACUUUGCAGUGAUUGGCUUGAGAGACUGCCCGGUUAUAAGUGGCGAUGUGAAAAUCAGAUUUGAAUCGCUAACUGAUCUUCCAAAAGGCUAUGAUGACUGCCCAUUCUUCUUCUGGUUCAACACCUCUUUUAUAGAAAAUAACAGACUUUAUCUUCCUAGAAAUGAGUUGGAUAACCCUCAUAAAUCAAAAAUGUGGAAAAUCUACAGGGAGAAGUUUGCAGUGGAAUUGAACUUUGUAGAACCAUGAGAACUUGACAGCAAUUGUUUAAAUUGAGUUGAUGUUUUGCUCAAUCAUGUUUUGUCUUCACCAAACGUGGUGGCAUCUUCUGACAGUCUCCUUCCUCAUGUAUUUCAUGUGUAUUUGUAUGGAGAUAUAGCAUCUCAAAAUUAAAUGUUGAAACAAGAAAAA